AUGCAAGAGGUGAACAGAACCCAGGUGUCUGAGUUCAUUCUUCUAGGAUUCACAGAUCAUUCUGAAGUGGAGAUACUCUUGCUUUUGCUCUUUCUACUAAUCUACCUCCUAACAGUGAUGGGAAAUCUGGGUAUGAUUGUGUUAAUCCAGACAGAUCCCGUUUUGCAAUCUCCAAUGUACUUUUUCCUCAGCAACCUGUCCUUCAUUGACAUUUGCUACUCCUCCACUAUCAUUCCCAGGCUGUUGUGGGACCUCCUUACAAAUAGGAAGGUGAUUUCGUACAAUGCAUGUGCGACCCAGAUGUGGUUCUUCACCCUCUAUGCUACAACAGAGUGCUACGUUCUGGCUGCUAUGGCUUAUGACCGUUUUGUUGCCAUCUGCAAACCACUGGUUUAUCCUAUUGCCAUGGCCAGAAAUGUGUGCCUUCAGCUUGUGGCUGGGAGCUACCUGGUGGGACUUUUUAUUGCCAUUGUCCACACAAGUGGUGUCUUUAGGCUCUCCUUCUGUGGUCCCAAUGAAAUCAGUUCCUUCUACUGUGACAUCCCUCCUUUGUUGCGGCUUUCCUGCUCAGACAACUAUGUUUCCAAGGUUGUACUCUUCAUCCUUUCCACUUUUGUUGUGGUAGGGAAUGCAAUUAUUGUUCUUGUGUCCUAUGCUUAUGUCAUCUCUGCCAUCUUGAGGAUGCGGUCAUCCACAGGCAGACAGAAGACCUUCUCAACCUGUGCCUCACACCUGACUGCCGUUGUACUGUAUUACGGGUCCUUGACCUUCAUGUAUGUGCAGCCUGGAGGCAUUGAGGCAGUGGAGCAAGACAAGAUUGUGUCCGUCUUCUACACCAUUGUGAUCCCCAUGGUGAACCCCGUCAUCUACAGUCUGAGGAACGAGGAGGUGAAAAGAGCCCUGAAAAAAAGACUGAGUAAGAAAAUCUUUCACCAGAGGCCACAGUAG